AUGGUACACCACAUCUCCCGUAGUUUGCCGCCAAAUAAGAAUCAAGAACCAAUUUUGAAGUUUCUUCCAUCUGUUUACUCUGUAGGUAUUGUACGGGAAACGAUUGGUUCAUUCUUGUCUCUUCUCUUUAUUGCUUCACUUAUUAUUGGUAUUGGUGCACCCUACUUUGUAGGGAUAUUUCCUCCGAAUGUUGUGACAUGGGUGGAACAAAACCGUACAAUGAUCAUUGCCGCUGGGUUUGUAGCAAACCUUAUAUGUGGGAGUAUUCUUCAGUCAGGUGCUUUUGAAAUGUUUAUGGAUGAUACGCUCAUCUUUUCAAAGUUGCAGCAGAACAAAAUGUUGUCAGCCGUAGAUUUGGCAGAAAUUGUAAUACAAGCGUUAGUCCAUGCCCCGGAAUAA